UGGAAAUACAGCCGUCGAUAAUGUGUGCAAAAAUGUUUGCUAUACUCUAAGAGCCUGUGAUUUAGAGCAAAUCAAGGUAUACCGGGGCUGUGAGGGACCUAUUAUCGGGAAAUACAUACCAAACGAUUACCACGGAGAGGACGGAUUGGGUGACUCCACUAAAGACAUGCCUCCUAUUGUCCCUCACAUUGAGAGCGAGCACGCGGUCAACGCUUUAGUACGACUGUCCCGGGAGUAUGCAAAUCAGAUUACUAUAGUCACAUUGGGACCCCUGUCCAACAUUGGCACAGCCUAUCUGUUGGACAACAAUUUCUACAAUAAUUUGAAGCAAAUCGUGUUUAUGGGCGGAUGUGUUGAUUACGUGGGAAAUAUAGGUCCGGUUCAGGAGUUUAAUAUCCAGAGGGACGCCGAGGCCUGUAGUAUAAUGCUGUCCAACGCUAAAUGUCCACUCAUUUCUGUGCCCUGGGAAUGUGGCCUCAAAAAUAUUAUGACCUGGGAAAUCUACGACAAAAUAGUUAAAUUGGAUUCAAAGAAAGCCAAGUUUGCCAAACUUAUAUUACAGGAAAAAGUUGCCCGGCUUAGGAAAGACCCGACGGGUAUUGUGUGGACUACUAAAGGGAUGAUAUUAUGUGACAUUCUGGCGGUUAUGGCCCUCGGAUGUGAAAGCUAUAUUGAAAGCAAAGUUGAGUACAAGACUACCAUUGAAUUGAAUGGAAAGACAACGAGAGGACAGUUGGUUUUGGACAGAGGGUUUGCCUUCAAAACUGACUGGACUUCUGUCACAUACAUCACACAUUUCGACGAAACAAAGUUUUCGCAACUUUUGGUCGAUUUCCUUAAAUAA